AUGGACUACCUCCACAAUGUCCUGCCACCGUCUGAGCUGCUCCGUCUAGGCGCGUCAACACUGAGCGACCUGCUCGCCAGGUUACGUGCCCUGGGCGUUCAGCAGCCCAAACCGAACUCCGACUUCGAUAUCUCUCGGGAAAUGGGAUUUAUUCCCGCUUAUCCGCUACAACGUCUACCUCUUGCGUUCGAAUUCUGGGAGCGUGCUCUUUCCCAGGCGCCUGACGUCCUCAGUCUUGGAGACGACAUCUCCGAAGAGGCAGUUGCAAAGCGCGAAGGUAGCGAACUAUGGCGCCAACGGAUCAGAGAGCGUGCUCACCUCGUCCUUACGUUCCUAACACACUUCUAUGUGCACUCCAUUCCUCCGUCGGGGCCUUCCAUGCCAAUCGUCGUCCCAAGGACUCUCGCUGUUCCUCUUGUAACCGUAUCGAGAAUCCUCGGAAUAGCGCCAGUCUUGACGUACGCGGACACAGUGCUAUGGAAUGCGUAUCCGAUAAAUUCUGAAUUGCCCAUGACUCUCGACAAUCUCCGCUUUGAACACUUCUUCUCAGGGACAGAGGAUGAAGCUGAAUUUUAUCGGGCGUCCGCUGGCGUAGAGCUGCGUGGAGUCGAACUCCUCAACAUAAUCGAGGAGAUCAAUAGCCUGCGUAACGUCACUGAUGAAGCCGCUGUCUGGAAAAUUGCCCGUGAUUUGCAGCGCGUCGCUAGCCUCAUCGAGGAGCUCGGCGACAUUCUGCAAAGCGUUCGGGCUGGAUGCGACCCACACGUCUUCUACUGGUCUAUACGUCCAUGGUUCUGUGGUGCUGAUGCAAACGGACCAGCUUCCGCUGGAUGGAUUUACGAGGGAGUCGACGACUCGGAUAAGCUCGACCUCAGCGGACCGUCUGGCGGACAAAGCACGAUGAUGCAUACGUUGGAUGUAUGGCUUGACAUUGACCAUAAGCUGGCGAAGAAAAGGUAUCCCGCACCGUCAGAGGAAAACAAGAAGGCAGAUCAUAGCUUUAUGAACAGGAUGCGCCGCUACAUGCCCGGUGCCCACCGCGAGUAUCUCGAAUAUUUGGAGAGCUCGCCUCAACCCAUACGUGAGCUUGCUCGUCAGACGCCAAAGCUCCGCGAACCGUACAAUGCCGCGGUUACGGCAUUGAAGAAAUUCAGAGACAACCAUAUACGAACAGCUUGCUUGUAUGUUGUGACGAUGUCCAAGUCGCAAAGAUAUCAGUGCCCGGUGAUGGCGGCCAUAGCAAGGGAGCAGGCAGAUGCAGCCCGCGGUGGCCCAGCUCGAGGGACGGGUGGAACCGAGCUUACGGCUUUAUUGAAAGCUGGUCGCGACGCAACACGACGGGCAGCAUUGGAAUAA